GAUCACGUUUCCAUGGCAGUCAUGGAUGGUGCUGCAGACACACCUGGGGAAAAGAUGCUGGGAGACCCUGGGGCGGAGGCCAGCCUGGUGUGAAUGGGAGUAACCCGCUCUGAGGUGCGGGCAGAAGCUGGUUCCCCGGUGUAUUGAAUAACCCUAGCCAGAACCAUCUCUGCACCCAGAGCUUCCUCGGGAGGGCAGGCAGGGGCUGCUGCAGCUUGCUGGAGCCGACAUGGCCUCACAGAGCAGUGAGGGCAUCAUCAAGCUGUCGAGGGAGGAGCUGGAGGCCCUGAAAGCUGCCUUUGAGGAGGGGAACCUCGCUGGAGUGGCCUCCAGGCUGCAGGAGAUGCUGGAGUCGCUGGAGACCGUCCAGCUGGACGUGGGCAUCACGGGCGAGACCGGCUCUGGGAAGUCGUCCUUCGUCAAUGCCCUCCGGGGCCUGGGCGAUGAAGAUGCAGGUGCCGCCCGCACCGGUGUGGUGGAGACCACCAGGGAGCCGACUCCAUAUCAGCAUCCCCGGUACCCCAACGUGACCAUCUGGGACCUACCGGGGAUCGGCACACCCGAUUUCCACCCCGACACCUACCUGGAGCAGGUCAGCUUCUCACGCUAUGACAUUUUCUUCAUCAUCGCCUCGCAGCGCUUCACCGCCAACCACGCCGCUCUGGCCCGCCACAUCCAGGCCAUGGACAAGAGUUUCUACUUCGUCCGCUCCAAGGUGGAUGUAGACCUGGAUUGCUCCCUCAGGCGCCGGCCAUCCAGCUACAGCGAGGUGGGGGUGCUGCAGGAGAUCCGGCAGAAUUGCCUGGAGGGUCUGCGGGCCCAAGGCAUCCACUCGCCCCAGGUCUUCCUCCUCUCGGCCUUUGAUCUCAGCAAGUACGACUUCCACCUCCUGGGGGAGACGCUGGAGAGGGAGCUGAGCCACCACAAGCGGCACGCCUUCCUGAUGGCCCUGCCCAACAUCUCCCUGCACAUCCUGGAGAAGAAGAAGGCAGCAAUGUUGGAGCACAUGUGGCUGGUUUCCACCGUGGCCUGCGGUAUCCACGCUGCGCCCAUCCCAGGGCUCCUGAUCUCCUGCGAUGUGGACGUCCUGGCCAGGACCCUGCAAGGUUACUGCAAGGGCUUUGGCCUGGAUGACGACUCUCUGGAGAAGCUGGCGGCACAAAUGGGGCAGCCAGUGGAGCAGAUGAAGGCCGUGAUCAAGUCACCGUUGGCCAAGGAGAUCUCCAACAUCCUGGUGGUACAGCUGUUGAUACAGGCAGGCAGCGAGGCACCUAAGCUAGCCAAUGAGGUGCUGAGCUCUGUCCCGCUCCUGGGCUCACUUGCAUCCGGAGCACUGUCUUUUGCCACCACGUACAAGAUGCUGAGGAGCUUUGUGAAUGCGGUGGCUGCUGAUGCCCAGAAGGUGCUUAUUAAAGCCUUCAACUUGGAUGCUAAGAAAUGAGCCAGAAAGGAGGAGAGAGAGAAAGAUUGAAACACCUUCUGUGAGGCAAAGGACCAAAAUCCAGUGCCAGGUGCAGACAGGAUUCCAGCAUCCCGUGGAAAUUCCUCAAGCUUCCUACCUGAUGUCAGAAUUUCAUUCCAGAGCUGGAUAUAAAAUCCAUGAUUGAA